AUGUCGGAUUUGGAAAAAGACUCCGCCAGCAGGACCUCGAUGGUCCCGGGCACAGUCCAUCUUUUGGACAUGGCCGGCACGUUGAAUGUGCAAAAAGUGCAAGACGGAAAUCAGAACAUCAUUUUGCAGCCACAACCUCUGUCUGAUGUGAACGAUCCGUUGCGCUGGUCGAAGCGGAAAAAGAACCUCCAGUUUAUUCUUCUAUGGGUUUGGUCGGUUUUCUUGGCUAUCACCGUCAACUGGGGCGGGCCAUACUGGGGUGAAUGGCAGGAGGACUUUGGGGUCAGUGCAGCUAGGCUCAAUGUCUGCCAGGCGCUCAAUUUCUUGUUUUUGGGUGUUGGAUGUGUGAUUUUGCAGCCGACGGCCAUGAAGGUCGGCAGAAGAGGUGUGUACUUGGUUUGUACGGUUUUGGCGGUUGUGGGUAAUGCCAUGGCCAUUCAUGCGGAUUCGGUGAGUUACAUCAUGGGCCUGAUGUCCAUCUGUGGAUUUGCUGCUGCUCCCACCAACUCGCUUGUGGAAAUUACAUCCACGGAUAUAUUCUUUGUUCACGAAAGAGCGACAAAGCUUUCCUGGCUUGUUUUUGCCAUUUACUUUGGCAGUUAUAUUGGUCCCGUUGUGGCGGCGUAUUUGCCCAGCUGGCAGUGGGCGUUUCAGCUCCAGGUGAUCAUUCUCUGUGUGCUUUUUGUCGUGCAGUUGUUCCUCAUGGAGGAUACCUCUUUCAGAAGAGAAGACAGUGAGACUGAAAAGGAGAUCCUCGACCAGAUCAAAACCAGAGAAACGGGAUUCAGUUCCGAGCCUGGCGCCGGAAAAGUCCACCAUAUCCUUAGCCAGGAGGAGGCUGGCUAUCUGGACUCAGAUCCCCAAAACACCAAAAGAACGUACAUCAAGAGAAUGCAGCUUUUGGAGCUCGAGUACAACGACAAACGGCCAUUUUGGAAAAUCCUCACCAAGCCAAUUUACACCGCCUGCUUUCCGGCUGUUUUCUGGCUGGGUAUCGUCUAUGGUGCCCAGAUGAUGUGGCUCUCUUUGCUCACCACCACCCAGUCCGAUCUUUACACCACCUACUACGAUUUUUCCACCUCCACCACGGGUCUCACCAAUUUGGCAGCUCUUGGCGGCAGUUUGAUCGGAAUGAUAUACGGCGGGCCGUUUGUGGACUGGCUCACGGUCAAGUUGGCUCACCGCAACAACGGUAUUCUAGAACCCGAGUUCAGACUCUGGGCCAUGAUUGGUCCAACGCUCUUCAACGCAGGCGGCCUUUUGGCAUAUUGCAUGGGGCCUUUGAACGGAGACGCUUGGGCUGUUUCUGUUAUUGUGGGUCAAGGGUUCCUUGGUUUUGCUAUGGCAGCAGCUGGACCCAUUUGCUUGACGUAUGCCAUUGACUGUUAUACCGAGGCGGCGUCGGAAGCGCUUGUAUUUAUUCUUUUCAUCCGUAACAUGAUCGGAUGUGGCUUCACGUUUGCAAUCCAGCCGUGGCUCAACAGAACCGGUUUGGCUACCACCACCUGGUUGAUGUUCAUGCUUUCGGUGGUGAUCAACGGGAGCUUCUUGGUGUUUAUUGUAUUUGGCAAGGCGAUCCGCCGCAGGACAAAGAACCUUUACGAGAAGGUGUCUGCGAUGGAGUAA